AUGAAUAAUAAAAUGAACAGAGAAAACAUCGUCUCCAUACAAUCACAAGUUUUUGAUGGAUUUUGUGGAAAUAAUGUUGCUUCAUUCGUUUUGAGAAGAAGGGGACAUGUGCCAAAAAUACUGAACACCGUUCAGUAUUACUCAAAAUACAAACAUAAGGGUGUCGAAACAAAACAUGAUGAAAUGAAAACCAUUUUAAGUGAAUUCAAAGCAGAAAUGGCUAGUUUGAGUUCUAAUGACAAUAAUAAUAUACACUUUUUGACAGGAUAUAUUAAAACAAAGGAAUGCGUCGAAGCUGUGAUUAACAGCAUUCUGGAAUUGAAAAAUGCCAAAACUAAAAAAAAAUGUGAUCACAUGAAUGGAAAAAUGAAAGCCACGAAGGAGAAAAAAGAAAACGAGAACGGUCAUACCAUAUGUUAUCAUGGCUCCGAUACCAUCCCUUACAAUGACCAUUGUAUCGAUAAUUCAGAAAAAUACUGCGUGGAAAAUUUAAUUAAUUUAAAUUUCUUCUGGUUAUGCGAUCCAGUAUUGGGAGAUAAUGGUAAACUAUAUGUGGACAAGGAUGUUGUACAAUCCUACAAAAGUUGCAUUCCGUUCGUUGAUAUAAUUACUCCAAAUCAAUUUGAAUUGGAAUUAUUAUGUGAUAUGAAAAUAAGUAGUGAAAAUGACGUGAUGAAAUGUAUACUUUUUUUAUUAAAUAAAGGCAUCAAAUUAGUUAUUGUAACCUCAGUUCACUAUUUAUUCGACACAGAUCAUCUGUACUUAUAUGUUGGUUUUUUAAAUAACAAAAAGGUAGUCAGCUUCAAGUAUAAAAUAUUUAGAUUCCAUUUUCACGUUUGUGGAUGUGGAGAUUUGUUUGCAUCCCUGCUCCUCUCAUUCAUACUUAGGCACCGGGGAAACAUUCUUCUGAUCAUUUCAAAAGUUCUGAAUAUAUUACACAAUGUUAUAAAAAAUAGCCUAACCUGGGAGGAGCUGAAAAUAAUAGAAAACCAAGAUAUAAUAGCCAGUGAUGGGUUAUGUGACAAUUUAAUUAAAGAGGAACCAGUUUGUGUAUCUUAA